AUGACGUUCUUAACAAUAUUAGCGUUUGUCUUUGUCGGUUCGGUCUUGUUUUACGUCCAUGGAUCGCCAACAGAAACAACUGUUCCGUUCCGCGUUCCGAACUACGAGCCGUACAUGACUGAUGCUGUACAGAAUAUGAACGCUGCAGCAGAAUCGCAAGUGCAGCCCGCACUGUCAAGACUUCAGGGGACCGACGAGGGAGACUCUUUCAUCGAUAGAAUGGGGUCCUUCGUAGACCACAUUAACAGCAUGAUCAGCGCAGUAAAACAGCACGUGAUAGAUAAUAGUGAGAUGGAGACCGAAGAUGAUGUAGAGGAUUACGAUGAUAGUGAUAUUGAUUCAGAUUAUGAAAACGAUGAUCAGGGUUCAAGUGAUAUAAAUGAUAGGAUUGGUAUAGGAGGACCCAACAUUGUAGGAGAAUAA